AGACAUGCCUGCAGUGUGUUUCUCUCUGAAGAAGACUUUGCACUGCAAAUCGGAGCCGUCCGACGUCCAAGAUCCGACGGCGCAGAAGCAACUUCCGAGGACGAGUUCGAACGCGGCGAGGUCCGGGUGCUCCAGGUCCAUAGCGAACCUCAAGGACGUCGUGAUUCACGGGAGCAAGCGGCACCCGGACCCGCCCCCGAAUUGCAGUCCUAGAUCCAUCGGGAGCGCCGACUUCCUCAAUCCGAUCACUCAUCAGGUCUUUCUCACCACUUCCAAUCGCGAAAUUAGAUACUCCGACGCUUCUAUGACUCCAAGUCCCGGGACUCCCUGCACCAGGACUCCGACCUCCAAACGGUCGUCGUCUUCCGAUCACGACUUCAAUAAUUACGCCGUCGUCUGCCGGAAAUGCGGCGACCAUUUCCGGCAACUGGACGCCCUCGAAUCCCACCAUUUUUCCCGCCACGCCGUGACGGAGCUCGUCGACGGAGACUCGUCCCGGAAGAUCGUGGAGAUAAUUUUCCGAUCAAGCUGGACGACGACGACGACGGCGACGACUAACUCCGGCGUACGGAUCGAACGGAUCCUCAAAAUCCACAACACUCCGGCGACGCUGUCCCGCUUCGAGGACCACCGCGACGCCGUCAAGGCGCGGGCGGCGGCGCUGCCGAAGAAGCACUCCCGCUGCCUCGCCGACGGGAACGAGCUCCUCCGUUUCCACGGCGCAAGUCUGUCGUGCUCAUUGGGCGCGGGCACCGCCGGCGUCUGCGCGUCGGAGAAAUGCAGCGUCUGCGGGAUUAUCCGGCAAGGGUUUUCCGGCAGGGAGCGCGGCGGGGUCGGCGUGUUUACCGCGUCGACGAGCGGGCGGGCGUACGACUACGAGUCGGCGGCGGUGGGAGAUGGGGCGAGGAAGGCGUUAGUGGUGUGCAGGGUGAUCGCCGGGAGGGUGCGCCGCCCGGUGGGCGGCGGCGUGAGCCUGGCGGGGUUCGAUUCGCUGGCGGGGAAAGUGGGAGCCUAUGCAAAUAUUGAAGAGCUCUAUUUGCUUGACCCUAAAGCUCUUCUCCCCUGUUUUGUUGUCGUUUGCAAAAAUUCCUAACAAUAAUAAUAAUACCAAUCAAAUACGUCAUUUUUUUUAUUAUUUUAGAAAAUAAAA